AUGAUCCCUGCCGACUCUGACGACUCGCCAUUGAAGACUUCUGGUGCUAGCUUCGGCUUAGUCCAGGAGGAUUCAACGGCUGGCCUAGAUGAUUUCGAUACACAAAGCCAUGCAAGCUCCCGCGAACACGGUAGCACACAUGCCCACGACCCCGCAACGGGGGCCGACAGCGGUGGACUAGACAACCAAGGCGACGAUACCACACGAGACGGCGCCGGAGAAGGCGCCGAGCUAGGGCCACUUGAUAAAGAUGGGAGACCGGCCUGGAGUGAAAUGAAGACCAAGGCGGGGAAAGAGAGAAAGCGACUGCCGCUGGCCUGCAUCGCCUGUCGCCGGAAGAAGAUCCGGUGCUCGGGCGAGAAGCCCGCGUGCAAACACUGCACUCGCUCACGAAUUCCCUGCGUCUAUAAAGUUACGACGAGGAAGGCAGCUCCGCGGACCGAUUAUAUGGCCAUGCUGGACAAACGUCUGAAGCGGAUGGAGGAUCGCGUGAUCAAGACGAUUCCCAAAGAUGAAACGAGAGAUAUGCACUCGAUCGGGCGGUCGGUUGUAAAGCCCUCUGUACAAACACAGGCUUCGAAAGCCCAAAAGAAAAGAAGCGCCGAUGAAGCAUUUGCGGCGGAGAUGGAGGGCUGGACACGAGGAGAGCGUCGCCCGCCACAUGAGACUUUCCCCAUGACCCGAGAACCCAAGUCCUCCGAUGGCACCGGACUUCUGACCGAAGGCGCAGAGUUCUUGCCUUCUCUAGAGAUCCAGGAACAUCUCGCAGAGGUCUUCUUCGACUGCGUGUACGGCCAGUCAUACCUCCUUCUACAUAAACCCAGCUUCAUGCGACGACUCAAAGCCGGCACCGUUCCCCCCGUCCUCAUCCUUGCUGUUUGCGCAGUAUCCGCGCGAUUUUCCACCCACCCACAGCUCAACUCAGAACCUCCUUUCCUCCGAGGAGAAAAUUGGGCCAAUCCGGCAGCAGCCAUCGCUCUGAGCCGGCACGACGAACCGAAUAUCACUAUUUUGACCGUCUUCCUACUCCUUGGGUUGCAUGAAUUUGGAACAUGUCACGGUGGAAGAAGUUGGUCCUUUGGAGGACAAGCAUUGAGGAUGGGAUACGCGCUACAGCUUCAUCAGGAGCUUGAAAGUGAUCCAUUGCUCAGUCAAAAGAAUGGCGCCAAUUCGCAAUUGAGCUUCACAGAUCGUGAGAUUCGGCGGCGCACGAUGUGGGCAUGCUUUUUGAUGGAUCGUUAUAAUUCAUCUGGAAGUCAACGGCCACCCAUUGGAAAUGACAAAUUCCUCCAGAUCCAACUGCCCAUCAAGGAGACGCAUUUCCAAAUGGAGAUUCCUGGGCCUACGGAAGAUUUGGACGGAGACGUGCUAAAUCCUACACCCGAGAACUCCGGCCAGCUAUCCAAUGCCAAGGAGAAUAUGGGAGUCUCAGCGUACAUUAUCCGAGCAAUCGUUAUUUGGGGACGCAUUGUCGAUUAUUUGAAUCUUGGCGGAAAAAGAAAGGAUCCUCAGCCACUUUGGCAUCCUGAAUCGGGAUACAUGCAACUAAAACGGCAAAUCGAAGAGUUCUCUGCCUCACUUCCGAGUGCUCUGACUUUCACCUAUGAGAACCUCCAGAUUCACGCCGCGGAGAAGAUCGCAAAUCAGUUCUUAUUCCUGCACAUUAUCACGCAUCAGAACAUGCUAUUUUUGAAUCAAUUUGCCAUUCCUCUAUCGCCUGGUGGGCGGCCUCCUCGAGACAUGCCGAAGCCAUUCCUGAGCAACGCCGGUCGAGCCGCCGUGGAGGCUGCCCAUCAUAUCUCCGUGCUCUUCGAUCGCGCAUCAGCCUAUCCACUUACCGUGCCCUUUGCUGGGUACUGUGCAUACACGGCGAGCACUGUUCAUAUUUGGGGAAUCUUCUCCAAGAAUGUGCAAUUGGAAGCCCGGUCCAAAGAGAAUCUACGCCACACCUACCGCUAUCUGAAUAAGAUGAAAAAGUAUUGGGGUAUGUUCCACUACAUGGUGGAGAGUGCCAAAGACCGAUACCGACAAUUCGCCGAUGCCGCCAUCAAGGGAUCUGUAGCAACGCAGAAUGGCACCUCUUUGGCUCCCAUGUUCCAAUAUGGUGACUGGUUCGACAAGUAUCCUCAUGGUGUCUCGAGGCUGCACUGGGAAGAUCCAGACACUCGACACAAGGAGACAGGCGAGGACGCAGUCAUGGGUCAGAAACCUGACCUCCAGAGCGUGGAAGACUUCUUUGCCAGUCUUUCUCCAACGCCGCAGCACGCUGUGCCGCGCAGAACCCGCUCGCGGAAGAACAGCAAACUGUCCGACGGCACUCCUAACCCUAAUAUGGACCAGUCUCCCCAGUCCAUAGAUAUGGCCAUGGGGAAUACUCCCGGCGUUCCAGGCAGUGCUUUCCCACAGCCCUCUUUGUUCUCCCAGAACGGAGCCAUGUCAUUCGGCCAGCCACCCUUUGACUUCAGCAUUCCACCGGAUCAAUUGCCACAGUUGGAUCGGCAGUUCGUAUACGGGUCGUUUUCUGACUUCGAUCCUACCAGCUUUGUUCCGCCGAAUAACCCUUCAAUGCCACCCCCACCACCCGUCAAUGGUGUAGAUGCCCAAACCCCAGACCACUCCCUCUUUACGGGUCACCUUGAUCCAGGUGCCCCGGCCGGAACGGGCGAGUUCUACCAGCCCAGCGCUUGGUUCCUCCCAUUCAACCUUGAUCCGAUUAGCAGCGGUCCACCCCCACAACCAGCAGGAGGCCCGACUUCUGCUCCAGGCCCGGGCAGCGAUCUGUCUGGGUUAGGUGGAGCAGGGAAUCUGCCCUUGGGUGCGUAUGACCUUGGAAUGGGCGGGUCAGACAUGAAAUGA